GUCAAGUUAUAAAAUCAUGCUGUCUGCUUAUUCCCCCCUAAGACUACAAUUCAACCUGACACCAACUAGUACUCAUCAACUAAGUACUGUCCCCCCAAAUUCAACAUUUUACCUCACGCCGUCUCGUUUGAAUCUACCUCCUUUCGACAUAACCCAAUUACAACCAUGAAUUAUCAAAAGGAACUGCUCCCAAUUCCAGACUUGUCUGGUCAGUCGGUCGGCGACGAUCGUUUCAAGUUGCUCGAGUUGAUUGGCUUUGGUGCCUCCGGAACUGUCUAUCGUGCUCUCGACACUCAGUCAGACCCAUGUGAUCCUGUUUACUAUGCCAUCAAGUGCUUGCUAAACACGGAACUCUCCCAAGAUGGCCUCGUAUGGCAGAAACGGGAGAUCGCAUGCCACUGGUUGGCAUCCAGGUCGUCAUCACCACACAUCUGCAAACUUCACCAAAUCAUCGAGGAAGGACUAUAUAUGUACUUCGUACUCGACUACUGCCCUGGUGGUGACCUCUUUACGGCCAUCAAGUUGCGAAAGUAUGAGGGCAAUGUCCCGCUCAUUAAGAAGGUAUUCAUUGAGCUUCUCGAUGGCGUACAUGCAUGUCAUUCCGUUGGCGUAUAUCACCGUGAUUUGAAACCAGAGAACAUUCUCUGUGUCGAGCCCGGGUCGGGCAUCCGUAUUGCAGAUUUUGGGCUGUCGACCACAAAACUUAUCAGUCGGGAAUUCAACGUAGGUAGUUGGGAUUACUUGAGCCCUGGUAUGUCAACAUUCACAUGGGGUCAUUAUCUGAUAUUUUACUUUUCAGAAUGUAAUUUCGAGUCCGGGAGCCCUCAUUACUCGUCACUUCACUCGGACAUCUGGUCGUUGGGUGUUAUUCUGGUGAACAUGGUCUCGGGUCGUUCUCCUUGGGGACCCGCAACGCCUUCGGAUCAAAACUUCCGGAAAUACAUCAACAACCCUAAUUUCCUUCUCGAGGUCCUUCCUAUUUCAAAAUCUUUCAACGAAAUCCUCAAGCGAAUAUUUCACCUACGAGAGUCUGCACGGAUUAGCCUUUUGAGGCUCAGAGAAGAGAUCAUAAACCUUGAUACCUUCUACCCCAGCGAAGUCAUCGCCUCGAAGGACGCACGAGAACCCGCUCGCAAGUAUACUACAUACCCCCCACAUCAAGCCAUGGCUGCAUGUGCUAAAGCUUCCUACUGGUCAUCUGACUCCUCCGCUGAUAGCGGAGCCCCACAGCGACCUCAGUGGGAUUACCGCAGUUCUGCACCAGCAGUCCAAUGGCCUGGCGAUAUUGCGGGAAUUGAGAGGACAUCCUCACAUCUUCGCAUAUACGAUGGGGAUCGAUCUUUGUCACUGGCACCCCUAUCGCUCUGCUCUACGUGUUCUGUUUCUGAGAGCGAAGAAUCCAUCACUCCAGAAAAUUGCCCGCAUGAGCCCAUGAUACACCCGUCCGACCUGUUUGGCCAAAAAGGGCUGAUGUUCUAUUCUCUACCUCCUCCCCCUUAUAUUCAUCCAAGUUAUCUUUGCGAUAUUUGUCUGCGGUUAUUAUCCCCGAGUUCUGUCAUUUCAAGUUGUGUGGAUACUGGGGGAAAGAUGCAGGCCGUCUCGACGAUAUAAGGGCUGUAGCGGUAGAACUUUGAUCUUUGUUCUAACAUUUAUUACCAUUUGUUGACGUAGAAACUGUAUUGAAU